UCUGGAUGAACUUCAGAAAGGCAGCUAAAAGGAAGCGUUUUAGCAUGUGAGGAUUAUUCUUGUCGAUUUCUGCUUUUGUUUCAGCUUCGCCUGCUGCAUCCAUUCUUUGGAUUACGCCAGACAGCUGUGGGAUUUCUCUGUCACUUCUGGAUCUUUUUCCACUGCUCUUGCUGGUGGUUUUCAAAAGGCGCUUCUGAGGGAAACGAGACCGGCACACCUCGCGUUUUCGCAUAUCUAUCUGCCAUCCUCAUUCCCGUAACCACACAUCCUUCAUGUUUUCACACUCCUGGAUUAGAGCUUCGGUCAGCUGACCAGUCACCUUCCUGCAACCUCACACCACGCCUCGUCCCAGGCCUCUGAGGGCCAUCCCAGGUGGCCUGGUCACAGUGCGUUGCGGUGGGCCGGGGUCACCCCCUGCUCCCUAUGACUGUGCCAGGGAGUCGGAGAGCCGCUGGGCCUGGGAGAGAGACGAAAGCGGAGGCCAGCGGAUGGAGAGCAGCGGCUGCAGUCCCUUCCCACUGUGCUGGGCACGAGGAGCCUGCAUCUACUCCUACCCUCCCCCUCUGCCAAAAUAUGACCGACAGUUAGCACCCACCAAAGCCAUGGCAGCGGCUUACCUGGACCCCAACCUGACCCAUGCCCUGAACCAGGGGGUCAAACCUCGCUUCAGCGCAGGGAUGGAGCGGACAGCUGGGACUCUGGAGCGCGUACUCAGAGUCUUCCACUACUUCGAAAGCAGUAGUGAACCCUGCACCUGGGCCAGCAACAUCCGACACGGGGACUCAACCGAUGUCAGGGGCAUUAUACAGAAGAUCGUGGACAUCCAUAAGGUGAGGUGUGUGUCGUGCUUUGGUCUGCGCCUGAGCCACCUGAGAACAGGUGAAGUUCAUUGGCUCCACCCCGACAUGGGCGUGUCUCACGUGAGGGAGAGGUACGAGCACAGCCAUCCCCAGGACGACUGGAGAUAUGAGCUACGGAUUCGAUACUUGCCUAAAGGAUUUUUAAACCAGUUUACUGAGGACCAGCCAACACUCAACUACUUUUAUCAUCAGGUGAAAAGCGAUUAUAUGAUGGAGAUUGCCGAUCAAAUUGACCAAGACAUAGCACUUAAUCUAGGCUGCCUUGAAAUCAGGCGGUUUUUCAGGGACAUGCGUGGAAACGCCCUGGAUAAAAAAUCUAAUUAUGAAUUAUUAGAAAAGGACGUUGGUCUGCGGAGAUUCUUUCCAAAGAGUUUAUUAGACUCAGUGAAGGCUAAAUCCCUGCGGAAACUGAUCCAGCAGACUUUUAAACAGUUCGCCAAUCUGAACGACGAGCAGUGUAUCCUCAAGUUCUUCGAGAUCCUUUCACCUAUAUACAGAUUUGAUAAGGAGUGUUUUAAAUGUGCUCUCGGGUCAAGCUGGGUGAUAUCAGUGGAGUUGGCCAUCGGACCCGAGGAGGGCAUCAGUUAUUUGACGGACAAAGGAUCAAAUCCAACACACCUCGCUAACUUCACACAAGUACAGAGUAUUCAGUUCGAGGAGCGAGAUCGGAAGGGAACGCUGCAGUUAGAUGUAGCUGGAGCACCUGAGCCUCUGACGGUAAAAACUACAACACUGAACACAGCAGAGAACAUGGCUGAUCUCAUUGAUGGUUACUGUAGACUUGUUAAUAGAACUUCUUCAUCGUUUAUUGUCCGUGUACAGAAAGAAGGAGAGAGAGCUCUUCCAUCUAUCCCAAAGGCUCCAAAAUCAGCAAACCAUGAGAAACGGUUGCAAGGAGUCCGGGCCAAAGCCAUCUCCGUUUCAGAUGAUAUUGGUGGGGAUGAAACGGACGACUACGCUGAGAUCAUUGACGAAGAGGACACAUACACCAUGCCUUCCACCAGGGACUAUGAGAUCCAAAGAGACAGAAUUGAGCUGGGACGCUGUAUAGGUGAGGGCCAGUUUGGAGACGUCCAUCAAGGGAUUUACAUAUGUCCGGAGAACCCAGCUCUUUCUGUGGCGAUAAAGACGUGUAAGAAUUGCACCUCGGACUGUGUUCGAGAGAAGUUUCUCCAGGAGGCCUGUGAGUGUCAAAUCACUGAUACCCAGCAGCCAGUAACAGCACUGCAUUAUCUGUGUCGUUCCCAUGGCUGUGUCCGUCAGCAUUCCAUCACUUUGCGUUCCUUUCUUCAGAUUAGGAAGUACAGUCUGGAUUUAGCAUCACUCAUCCUGUUUUCUUACCAGCUCAGCACAGCUCUUGCAUACCUGGAGAGUAAACGCUUUGUGCACAGGGACAUUGCGGCACGGAACGUUCUGGUGUCCUCAGUGGACUGUGUGAAGCUGGGAGACUUUGGUUUGUCUAGAUACAUGGAGGACAGCUCUUAUUAUAAAGCCUCUAAAGGAAAACUACCUAUUAAAUGGAUGGCGCCAGAGUCAAUAAACUUCAGACGUUUUACCUCAGCCAGUGACGUGUGGAUGUUUGGGGUGUGUAUGUGGGAGAUACUAAUGUAUGGAGUGAAGCCGUUUCAAGGCGUGAAGAAUAACGAUGUGAUAGGCCGGAUUGAGAACGGCGAGCGUCUGGCGAUGCCACCCAACUGCCCACCAACCCUCUACAGCCUGAUGACCAAGUGCUGGGCAUACGACCCCAGCAAACGACCACGAUUCACCGAGCUCAAAGGCCAACUAAGUACAAUCCUUGCGGAGGAGAAGGCUCAGCAGGAGGAGCGCAGCCGUAUGGAGAUGAGGAGACAGGGCCCCGUAUCCUGGGACUCAGGAGGCUCAGACGAAGCACCACCCAAACCCAGUCGACCUGGUUAUCCAAGUCCCCGAUCCAGUGAAGGGUUCUACCCUAGUCCUCAGCACAUGGGCCAGCACAAUCAUUACCAGAUGGCAGGGCACUCUGGCCCACAUGGCUUGCUUUCCGUGCCAGGUGGGAUGUACCCUCCUCAGGCUGCAGGGACUGGGCUUGAUCCCCAAGACAGCUGGAAUCAUCGCAGGGCUGCUCAGGAUCACAUGUGGAAUCCCAGCAUGGAGGAUGGUGUGGCUGUGCGCGGUGGUCUGUCUCAGCUGAUGGAGGAGCAGUUAUUACUGCAGCAGCAGCAGAUGGAGGAUGAUCAGCGCUGGUUGGAGCAGGAGGAGAGACUACUGAAGCCUGAUGGGAGAAGUUCCAGAGGUAGCAUUGACCGUGAUGAUGGAAGCCUUCAGGGACUAACUGGAAAUCAACACAUCUACCAACCUAUAGGGAAAGCAGAACACGCAGCUCCUCCUAAAAAGCCUCCUCGGCCCGGAGCUCCCAGCCACCCAGCAGGAGUCUCCGGCCUCAACCCUAUAGACAGCUACAAUGAAGGCGUGAAGCCCUGGAGGAUUCAGCCUCAAGAGAUCAACCCGCCCCCAACAGCUAACUUAGAUCGCUCCAACGACAAGGUCUAUGAAAAUGUGACUGGGUUGGUAAAGGCUGUGAUUGAGAUGUCCAGUAAAAUCCAGCCAGCUCCCCCUGAAGAAUACGUGCCCAUGGUGAAGGAAGUGGGAUUAGCACUGAGAACACUGCUGGCCACUGUGGAUGAGACGAUACCUUUACUACCGGCUCACACACACAGAGAGAUCGAAAUGGCUCAAAAGCUUCUAAAUUCAGACCUGGCUGAGCUGAUCAAUAAGAUGAAGUUGGCCCAGCAGUACGUCAUGACCAGCCUGCAGCAGGACUAUAAGAAACAGAUGCUAACAGCUGCACACGCACUCGCAGUAGAUGCCAAGAACCUGCUGGAUGUGAUUGACCAGGCCAGGCUGAAGAUGUUGGGCCAGGCACGACCGCAGUAGCCCCUGCUAGAGGACACGACGACGCACGUGACGCCCUGGAAAAACACACGAGCACAGACUUGUACACUAAUGGAGUCUCAUGGGCCCCUUCACUACUCACUGACCCUCACAUUUAUGCUGCACGGUAGACCAUGGGCGCCAUGAGGAGGGCUCUGGAUUUAUUUAACGGAUGAGCUGGACCGGACCAGACUCAUCACGACUGGAUCUCUUGGAGAACAUAGUGAGCCAAUGACUGGACGCUGAGAGGGAGAUUCUGACCUCCGCUAUGAGCUUUAAACGUCUCUGGAGGAAAAGAGACACUCUUACACUGUAUCUAAUAUGUCUGUGUUUCAUUGACAAGCCCAAGCUCCACACAAACCUAGAUCCCCCUCGGCUUGGGUUCUGGCUCUAGAAUCAUAGAAGUUGAGACCCUUUUGCACAGUAGAACUUGAGUUGAGACUGGAUUCAAAAACUCUGGGUUUGCUUUGCGGACUCCCACGCUUCUCCCUAGGACUAAGAGGGACAGCGUUGUAUAUUUGGGCCUUGUGCCACCUAGAGGUAAAAUAAAGCUAU